AACAAGACAAGCGAAAUGGACUUUUUUUUUUAAAGACACUUAUCAGCUGCGCUAACAGGCAAUACAGUUUAUAUCUAUCUAUUAUAUCUACAUUUGCCUUGUCCAGUGUGUAGUUGCAGUUUAUGUAGGCUGAUUAUGUACGUGUUAUUUAUAAGUUUAUUCAGCUGUCACGCCCUGUGCGUACGGGGAUAUUUCGCGUACUUUGUCAUGCGGGACUAUUCCAACUUUAAACGCUGAAAAACCAAAAAUAUACUUAUUAGGAUAUAAGGUACACUUUAAUAUCUGUUUCACUUAAUCCCUCGGGUAAAUGACAGUAAUUACAUACGACAAAUGCAAUGACAAUUGCACUCUUUUUCCAUAUGCAGACAACUUGGUGGACUUGUUUGACGGCGUGACAUUACACAUUUUGCUAUUAUACCGUGUGUAACACUUGGGUGUUCAAUAUAAGUUCAAUAUAACUUUUAUUUAGUGACGGGAAUAUAAAAUCGCAUUAUUUUUUGGUCUAAAUCGUAAACCAAUUAAGCAUAUCUUGCGUCAAGCAGAAACGAACUUGUUUGUUGUAGAUAUGCUUAUUAUUGCCUUUAAAUAGAGCUAACGUCGAAAAAGCAAGGGAGUCAUUGAAAUUGACGCCAAGAAACGAGGAGACUGAUAAAGUGAGGACAUAAUUCACAUUUUCUUGAACUAAUUGUGUCAAUUAAGAUAGACCGAAUUAAAUGUUGCUGUUGAAGCUUUGACAGUUCGCUUGACGUGCUGGAAGCGUUCGUCCAGUCGCUAGCAAUCCGCGGUCAAUCCUGAUUGUUUGCAGAUCAGCUGCCAUAGACACCGGGGGUGGGGUUGUUCACAUGACAGCUUUUAAAACCCUCUCACAUUAACAAAAAAUAUAUAAUUAUGUCCACCAAAUAAGCAACUUACCGAGUUUAAUCAAGGAUGAUGGACAAAUAGACAGCUUCUUGGCGGAGAGUCGAGUCCUUGAGUCUUCUAGCCAAACGGGAAGUUUUGAGUCGUCUUCCUGUUUGCAGUCAUAUGAUGUGAUCGUGGGAGGCAGGAGCACGCCUGUCUGCCACAGUGGAGUAAGCAGAGGCGACACAAAAGACAAAAGAGGAACGAUAGAGAAAGUUGUCUCAGUGUCUCGCCGGUGAGACAUGUGCGGUCAUGCCGCGAGUUGCAGCCUCCUGUGUGAUCAUCCCUCAAGGUUCCCUCAAGAGCCUCUCACGGCUGCCAUGAUUUGAUCUCGGGAGACCGAUGGACAACGCAGAGGAGCUGGAGGAAAGGCUGAGGAGGCUUCUGGUGAGGCUCAAGAGUCCCCAGGAGGACAGACAACUGUGCACGCUCAUCCAGAUUAUUCAGGAUCUCCUCUUCCUGGCGCACACCGACCAUGCAUGUGAGCUGUUUGAAGACAAAGACGUCCAUGAGCCGCUCAUGGCUGUCUUGUGCUCGCACAUUGGCAGUAGAGGAGUCCAGCAGGUGGGCUGGUCGCUGCUGUGCCAGCUGCUUGAAACGUGUCCUGGUAUGCUGCAACACCUGAAUACACCUCACGAGCAGAUUCUGAGGGUUCUAUCACAGUACCGCUCAGACAGCAGGGUGACGAUGAUCGGACUGCGAGCUGUGGCCCUCCUCCUGCAGUCAGAUGCGAUUGCUCUGCUGAUGCUGGAGGAAGAGGACGACGUGUUCGGCCUGGUGGUGCAUGCCAUGAAGUUUUUCCCCUCCAGUGAGGAGGUGCAGCUCCAAGCCUGCCGAGCUCUGCAGGCACUCCUGCAGCGAGUGACUGAUGACCACCUGGUGGAGUUUGUGGAGAACCAGGACCAUGCUGUGGUCCUAUCGGCCUUGCAGAAGUUCCCUGACAACCCUGAGCUGCAGCUGCAGGCAAUGAAAGUGCUUCUUCCUCUGGCUCGACCCAGCAGCAAUGUGGAGAUGUUGAUGUCCGGUGGCACCCGCUGCUACAGCAUGCUCAUCUUGGCCAUGGACGCCUUCCCAGCGGAGGAGGAACUUCAGGAGACAGCUUGCCGUCUGUUCAGGAGGUUCACGUCAGAGAGCUACUACAACAUCCUGGUGCUCAAUGGCGUAGCAAGGGUUGCUGUGAGAGCCUGUCAGACUUUCCCCCACAAUGCUGCACUGCAAGCUGCCGCCCUCUCCUGCCUGGCUGACCUCACGGCCACCAUGGUCCAUAGUCGGGCCGUGGCCGAGCAGGGCCUGGAGGAGGGCGAGGAGGAGGAGAACAGGGGUUCAGAGCAGGUGGACGACAUGAACCUUGGCUGGAUGGAGGCCUGUUGCACGGCGCUGGAUCUCCAUGCUGCAGAACCCGCUGUUCAGGAAGCUGCAUGCUGGGCCAUCCACAGUCUGAUGGUGCAUGGAGCUGGAAGAGCUCAUCCAGGAGAAGAGCAAGAUGAGAGGACUCCAGUUCAUAGACAGAUGAUGGCAGCCAUGCUGCUCCAUUCCUCCUCCCCUGGUGUGUUUGAGGCCGCCACCAGUGCCAUCGCCGCGCUGGUCACACGAAACGCUAAGAUGCGCUCCAUAUUGCUGGCCAGCGGCCUCCAUGUCAACCUGGUGGAAAUGAUGAAGAAACACUCGGGCUCCGUGGAAGUCUCCAUUAGCGCCUGCAGACUGCUCAGCCUCCUUUUCCAGGGGAGGACGGCCAGCCUGGAUGAGCUCAACAUGGCCAUGAGUCAGAUCGUCAACAUCAUGAAGAUCCACAACUUCCAAUCUGAGGUGCAGCUGGAGGCUCUGCAGGCCAGCCUGGUCUUCCUCUGUCCUGAUCGGAGCUUACGGGAACACGGCGUCUCUGUGGGUGACCCCGACAUGGCCGAUGUUUCCCUGAAGGUCCUGAAGAACCAGUCUGUGGUGGAAGGAGCGCACACUGUCUACCUGGAGGUCCUCAACAGGUUCAUCAGGUGUCCAACCAUCCAGGUGUGUGGCUUGAAGGUUCUCUCCGCCCUGGCUGACUGCUCUGGUGCAGUGGAUCUGCUUUGCCAGCAGGGGGCGAUCGACACAGUGCUACAUACUUUACAGAUGUUCCCACAGGAGCGAGAGAUACACUACUGGGGUUUGAGCUUACUUAGCCACAUCGUAUCCAAGAAGAAGCUGUCCAGAAUGAUUGUUCCAGUCCUGGCCUCGGUCCUGGUCACAUCACUGAACCAGUACAAGGAGGAUUAUGACUUGCUGUUGAAGUGUUUCCAGGUGGCUUUGAGGAUGCUGGACGUCUGCUCAGAAGCGGCCAUUGAGCUUCAGAGAGAAGGCUUUGACAGACAAAUUUUCCUGCAUCUCCGAGAGUCUGAGAUCCCUGACCACAGCAGGAACCCACUGCGUCGGUCUGCAUGCUUGGCUCUAUCCAAAAUGUGCUCCAACCCUGAGCUGCACUACAGCAUGCUGGAGCAGGCAUGUGAGGAUGGAGACACCAUGAUGGCCGAGUGUCUUAUUGAGUUGGGGGCCGACAUCACUAAGAAGAUCAAGACUGAAUCGCUCAUUUACCAGGUAUGUGAGAAAGGAGGACCUCUUGAGCUGGUGGAGCUGCUGCUCAGUCAAGGCGCACACGAGCAGCACCUUCGCCGGGCUCUGGCAGUGAGCGUGAAGCGGGGUGACGGGCCCACAGUCGUCCAGCUGCUGGGCUGCCUGGGCCUGGACCGUAACAACAACGCCCUGUGCCUUGGGGGCUUCCGCUUGGGUCGCCUGGAUGCUUCUUGGCUCUCCUCCCUACUGGAUGUACAAGGCAGAUCCCACAGUCUGCGUUACAGCAACAGUAAAGGAGCAAGCUUGGCUCGUUACAUUCACUCUUUACAAAGCUCGAAGACCUCGAGCGGUCCUCUCAGGUCUUUCGGUGACCCUUGUGUAACGUCUGGCUACAUAUCCGAUGAAAGCGAUGACUCCAGCUUCAGCUUCAUGUCCAUGGAUGAAGGCCUCUUCCUUGAUGAAAUGGAGAGUGAUGGGAGUGAUUCACUGAUGGGGUUGCCCCGCAAUAACUCCACUGAAGAACUGAGAUUGGGCUCCUUCAAAAAGAAGCAUGGACGUCAAAGACACGCUAGUGGAGAGAGUGGUCCAACAGAGAGUGAGCACGCCGAGUCUGCACACAUGAGAUGUAGAAGAAACCAGAAAAUUUUGGGGUCUCUGGAGAGCGCGUCUGCACUGCCCUCAGAGAAGGAGAGGAUCCGGCUCUUGGACCUGUCUGGAAACGAGCUGGAUUCUCUGUCCUGCCUGUUGGACCAUGGCUUGGUUCAGGAGCAGAUAGCUCACCUGCAAAGACUGGACCUGAGCCACAACAUCCUGCUGGACUUUCCGUCUGCGCUGUGUCAGAGUUUGAUCAGCUUGACCCGGCUGGACCUCCAGGGGAACCAACUUCAGUCCGUGCCGGCAGAGCUGCUGGCUUUGCCAGCGAUUGCCGCUCUCAACAUCUCACGCAACUGUGUUGGCCCACAUCUCACCUUCGACCCCGCCGUCGCCUGCCCCUCACUGCAGCAGUUCAACUUGUCCUUCAACAAGCUGACCACAUUCCCCCACGAGCUGGGCCGGGCCACUGAGAACCUGGAGGAGCUGCUCAUGGAAGGAAACAGCAUCACCGAGCUCUGCACGUCGCCGCGUCUCUGUGAGAUCAAACUGCUUGACGUGAGCAAGAAUGCCGUGGUCAGCAUUUCUCCUGACUUCCUGACAGGCUGCCCCAAGCUGGAAGUCCUCAAUGCCUCCUCCAACAAAAUCUGUUCUCUGUCAACGAUGCCGCCCAAGAUCACCACGCUGAAACUGGCCAACAACAAUUUCACUUGUGUUUCUGAGGCCAUACUUGAGCUCCCAAAUCUGAGAUCUGUGGACAUGAGGACCAACAGCAUCGCAGUCCUGCCCAGCCCAGGCUUGUGGGCGUCAAGCAACCUGAGAGAACUGAUGUUCAGUCAGAACAACAUUAGCGUUCUGGACUUAAGUGGACCAGUCCACAAAUGGGCCAGACUUGAGAAACUUCACUUGAGCAACAACAAGCUGACUGAGAUCCCUCCACUGGUGGGUCUUUUGGAGGGUCUCACUUCUUUGGAUGUAAGCCGGAAUGCUGGCCUGCGAUCCUUGCCUGAUGAGAUGGGCAGGCUGGGACGACUGUGGGACCUCCCUCUGGACGGCCUUCGACUCCAGCUGGACCUCAAACUGAUCGGAACCAAGACCAAAGACAUAGUCAGGUUCCUGCAGCAGCGUCUGAAGAAGGCGGUGCCGUACUACCGCAUGAAGCUCAUCGUGGUGGGACACGCCGGCAGCGGGAAGACCAGCCUGAUCCAGCAGCUGAUGAAGAUGAAGGGCACGCAGACCGGUUCCAAACGGGCCUCGGGGGGCAUCGACGUCCAUGACUGGACCAUCAAGGAACGGGACAAGAAGAAGAUGGUGCUGAACGUGUGGGACUUUUCAAGUUGGUCAAGUGGCGAGGAGUUGUGUGGCUCGCAGUGUCACUUUUUGUCCUCCAGAGCACUCUACCUGGUGGUGCAUGACCUCAGCAAAGGAGCCGAGCAGGUGGACGAACUCAAACCGUGGCUCUUCAACAUCAAGGCCAUUGCUCCGCUCUCCCCAGUUAUCUUGGUGGGAACCCACUUGGACGUGAGUGAGGAUUCGGCCUUGCAGGCUUGCCUCAGCAAGAUCCGAGAGGAGCUGCUCACCCACCAGGGCUUCCCGACCAUCCAGGACUACCACACCAUCUCAGCCUGUGAGGACUCCGACGCCAUCAGCAGGCUGCGCAAAGCCAUCGCCAAGGAGAUCACCAACUUUAAGAUCCAGGGCCAGCCUGUGAUGGGCCAGCUGAUUCCAGACAGCUAUGUGGAGCUGGAGCGUAGGCUUCUUCAGGAGAGGACCAGGGUUCCUCCUGAGUUCCCCGUCCUCAAACGGCAGCAGCUGCUGACACUGAUCCAGGAGAGUCAGCUGCCACUGGAGGAGGCGGAGCUUCCCCACGCCAUCCACUUCCUCAGCGAAGCAGGAGUCUUACUGCACUUUGAUGAUCCCACUCUGCAGCUUCAGGAACUCUACUUCAUCAACCCACAGUGGCUGUGCAACAUCCUCUCAAAGAAAGCCAUCCCGAAGGCUCCUGGGUACUGGGAGCAUCUUCAAGGCAUCGCUCAGCGCUCCGUGGUGGAAAAGUGUCUAUUGGAGACCAAAUGUUUCCCCUCAAGUCACAUGACACAAUACUUCAAACUGCUGGAGAAGUUUCAGAUCGCUCUGCCCGUUGGCAAUGACCAGCUGCUCAUCCCCAGCAGUUUGCCAAAGCACAAGCCACACAUUGUGCUGCCUCACUGUGAGAACUCAGAGUUGAUUGUACGUCUGUAUGAGAUGCCUUACUUCCCUAUGGAUUACUGGUCACGCCAGAUCAGCCGCUUGCUGGAAGUUUCUGCUUACUUGCUCUAUGGAAGAGAGAAAGCGUCUCAGCCUGAAAGAAUGUGCUGGAGUCAAGGUGUGUACUUGAGCUGGUCCACCGAGGCUUACUGCCUGGUGGAGGCUUCCUCACUGCAGGACGACGCCUCCAGCGUGGUUAGGAUCACGGUGCCCUCCUCAUGCAAAGGACGGGUUCUGCUGGGUCAGGUGGUGGACCAGGUGGAUUCCCUGCUAGAGGAGUGGUUUCCGGGCCUCCUGAGUACAGAUGUCCACGGCAGUGGGGAGGCUCUUCUGAAGAAGUGGGCUCUUUACAGCUUUGAGGAUGGCCAGGAGUGGAGCAAGAUGUUGCUGGAGGAUCUAUUCACCUGUUUUGACCAAGAUUUCCUGUUGGUCAACCACGAGGACCCUCGCUGCACGAUUCCCAUCUCUCAGAUUGCUCCAGACCUUGUGCUCAGUGACCAGCCUUCUGGAACAAUCCUGGACAGUGAGGAGCUGCAUGUGGAUCUCUCCAAAGCAAACCUACUGGGCGAUGGUGGCUUUGGGACGGUGUAUCGAGGCAUCUACAAAAAUGAAGACGUAGCUGUGAAGUUAUUCAACAAGCAUGCAUCUGAACUUUACAUCUACAGGCUCCUCAGACAGGAGCUGGUGGUUCUGGGUCGCCUCCGACACCCGAGCCUGGUGGGCCUGCUGUCCGCUGGCUCGGCUCCACAUGUCCUGGUGAUGGAACUGGCCAUGCGGGGCUCCCUGGACUCGCUUUUCCAACAGAAGAAGUGCAGCCUGAACAGGAAGCUCCAGCACAGAAUCGCCCUGCAUGUCGCUGAUGGUCUUAGGUAUCUUCAUUCUGCCAUGAUCAUCUACCGGGAUCUGAAGCCUCACAAUGUUCUACUGUUCAACCUGAAGACCGACUCUGAGAUCAUCGCCAAGAUCACCGACUACGGUAUCGCUCAGUACUGUUGCAGCAUGGGGGUCCGCAGUUCUGAGGGCACACCAGGUUUCCGGGCACCAGAGGUCGCUAGAGGUAACGUGACCUACAAUCAGCAAGCUGAUGUCUUCUCCUUUGGAUUACUUCUCUUUGACCUCCUGACCUGCGGUGCGCGCAUAUCAGACGGCAUGAAGUUCCCCAGUGAGUUUGACGAGGUGGCCGUGCAGGGCAAGCUACCAGAUCCGGUGAAACACUACAGCUGUUCUCCUUGGCCCGGCUUCCAGGCUCUGAUGAAGGACUGCUUGAGACAAAACCCUCAGGAUCGACCCACAUCUGCCCAGGUGUUUGACAGGCUGAGUUCAGGUGAGAUAUUGUGUCUGAUGAGCGAGAUGCUGCUUCCCAGAGCCAUCAACGCUGAGUGCUUGACUCUGACUUCCCCUGACUGUGACGGGCUGCUGAGCACCCGCACCGCCUGGUUGGGAGGGGGCAGCAGCACCCAGAGGACGGGCACAGUCACGGCCGUGGACCUGGACUCCAACAUAGUCACCACGCAGGACAUCGACACCAGUCCCGUGCUGUGUCUCGUCACGGUCCAAAUCCCCAGCGAGGCUUGUGAUUGGCUGGUGGCCGGAACACAGUCUGGUUCGCUUGUGGUGAUGAGUGCCCGAGACGCGUCCAUGUGGUACUGCCUGCAGAGUGUCAGCGACGCCGUCACCUCGCUUUACUUCCACGUACACCCUCCACGCCUACAAAGGCAGAAUUAUCUUCUGGUCGGGACAGCAGACGGCAUCCUCACCGUUUAUAACCAGUCUGCACUUAAGCAGGAGCGAGGACAGCCGGUGAAAGUGUUGACGUUGGGGAGCGUCAACACGCCUGUUUUGUGUCUGGGACAGUCGAGCUACUCUCUGGACGGCAGGUCUGUGUGGGCCGCCUGCGGGACCAAGAUCCUGUCCUUCACGGCAGACUAUGACGUAUGCAAGACCCUGGACACCAGACCCAGCUUCCUGUUCCAGCAUCAGCGCUCGCUAGUCAGCGAGGCAAGUGUGUCUCGCAUGGCGGUGGACAAAUAUGUUUACCUGAGCAAGGCUGGAAUGUCCACCGUGGAGGUUUGGGACAAGAGGAGUGAGAGGAUGGUGGACUGCAUUGACUGCGCCCAAAUCAUUAGACAUGAGUCCAGCAGCGCAGGUACGAGGCGCGGCAGCGAGGCGGACACCCCCCAUGAGGGGUCUCUGUCCUGGGCUAGGGUGAAGUCCUUGCUGGUGCAGGGCACUGCAACACUCUGGGUGGGCACCAGAGGGGGCCACCUGCUGAUCCUGGAGCUGUCCAAGCACGAGACGCUGCAGGUCAUCACGCCGCGCUGUGACUCCAUCCGCUGCAUGGCCUCCGCCCUCAUAGAAACACUCGACUGGAAGAAUGUGGUGCUGGUUGUGGGUAGAAGACUCCCACAGGACAGGAAUGAGUGGGGCGUCCAGUCGGUGCUGAUGGUCUGGAGCAGCACGCUGUCCUCUGAGGUCAAAGACCUGAACAAACAUAUUGAGAAGAGAGAACACAUCGCUGCCAGAAUGAGACAACAGCUACACCACCACUGAGCAUGUUCAUGGAAAAGGGAUCAACUUUUCUUUCCAGAUGAGUGCGUCAGGAGAGCGGACGGAAUUGGAAUGUUUACCUCAGCUGUCAACAAAGACUAUUUUUAUUCAA